AUGCAAGUAGGACCUCUGUCACCUGUGCGUCUGUUUGUCCUUCUCCUUACCUGGUGGCUCCUAGUGGCCCCCUCCUCCCCACGCCAAGCAGCAGUGUGGCGUCGCGUGGAGGCGGUGGAAGGGGGCGAGGCUGUUCUACCCUGCCGGCUUGCCAGGGCUGCGGCAGGGGACAGAGUGUACGUGGUGCUGUGGUACAAGAACAACAACAUCGACCCUAUAUACAGCUACGACAACCGGCCUGGGCGCCUGGUGGGUCCUGAGCAGCGGCACACACUGCGGAGUCGCCUUCUGGAGGGGCGCGCCACGUUCCGGCCCGGCCAGCUGCCCGCCCUGCACAUCCGCCCCGUGCUGCGCCAAGACCAGGCCAACUACACCUGCCGCGUAGACUUCCGCAUAGCCUCCUCCCGCCGUACACACAUGACGUUGUUAGUGGUGGACCUCCCAGAACCCCCCCAGCUCAGGGUAGAGGGGGAAGACGCCCCUGGUAACCUCCUGGGGCCGCUGCAGGAGGGGGGCGCCGUGGACCUCACCUGCACCGUAGUGGGGGGCGUGCCUCCUCCUGUUGUGGUCUGGAGGAGGGAUGAAGAGGUAUUACAGGUGACGCAGGGGCCAACAGGUGACGGGGGCGUGACAGUAAGCAGACUGCAACUCCCUCACGUGACGCGUAGAUAUCACAACGCGCGCCUCACCUGUCUUACUUUCAACAACAACGUAACACAACCUCUAGAAGCCUCCGUCACACUCUCCAUGAACCUUCGACCGCUCUUGACGAGGCUUGUGUCUCCACCUGCCAGUCUACGGGUCGGGCGGAGGUACGAGAUCACCUGUAUGGCUGCCGGUUCACGCCCACACCCCAAUGUUACCUGGACUCUUAGUGAUGGUGGCGCUAGUGUGUACCUGUCCGCUGAGACCCAGCACGGCGUCAACAUGAGCUCUUCCCGUGUGUCUGUGCGCGCGUCACGGCGGCACCACGGGCAGCGACUGUCCUGCACGGCGCUCAACCCGCUCUUCCCUGACCAUCCCCUGGCCGACUCCCUGCUGCUCAAUGUUACCUACCCGCCCGUGGCCUCGCUGGAGCUGGGUAGAGGCGCCUCGUCCACUGUGAGAGAGGGGGAGGACGUGUAUUUCAAUUGCCACGUAGAUUCCAACCCCCCUUUCUACAACAUCACCUGGCUGAGAAGGGGGGAGGCGAUAGAGCACUCCCCUGAGGCUGGCGUGUUGGUCGGGGGACACAGCUUGGCUCUUAGGGGCGUGUCGAGACAUGAGGCGGGCCCCUAUGUGUGUCUCGCGUCCAAUGCUGAGGGUGACGGUGCUAGCCCUCCUUUGAAUCUGCAAGUUAAUUUCUCACCGGUGUGUGUGGAGGACGGGACGGCUUUGCAGGUGUACACAGCAGGUAUUGGUCAGCCCGUGAACGUGUCCUGCCAGGUGAAGGCCUCCCCCCCACAGGUGAAGUAUUCGUGGGUCUUCAAUAACUCCAUCAGCUCUCAAAGGCUACCCGGGGAACAGGUGUUGUCUGCUGCAGAAGGUGGAAGUGCGGUGGAGUUUGUGGCGGGGUCCCUGCAAGACUAUGGCACCUUGCAGUGCUGGGCGCAGAACACAGUGGGCAAGAUGACGGAGCCUUGUCUGUACCAUGUUGUGCCUGCCAGUCGUCCGGAGCGCCCCUCGUCCUGCGCUGUGGUGAACAAGACCUAUGACUCUCUGGCAGUGGCGUGCGAGGCGGGCUUUGACGGAGGCCUCCCCCAGACAUUCUCCGCCAGGGUAUACGAGGCGAUGACAGGGCGUGGGCAGGUGAACAUGAGCGGACCGUACCCCCGCUUCACACUGGAGGGCCUCACACCGGGGCUGGAUUACCUUAUAAGAGUCAGCGCCCGGAACACCCUUGGCCACUCCCCUGAGGUGCGCCUGGAGGCCUUCACGUACAAGCUGGCAGCCAAUACUAUGAAGGAGAACAAAGUGGAGAAGAAGAAAGAGUCAACAGAUCUUCCCACUUCGGGCGUGACAGUGGCGGUG